AUGGUGCCAUCUCGAGCCUCGGUGAUCUCUCGCGGUGUCGCCGGAGCCGUCGCCCCGUCUCUACUCCCAUCAGUAGCAAUGGGCACUCCCCAGCCAGCCUCCUCUUCUGCAGUCACACAAACUCGUCGCUCAUCUCUCCGUCUCCAACCCUCGAAUCCCGUCGAGAGAGAAGUCUCAACGGAUCCACGGGGUGUUGUCUGGCGUGAGGGAAGCCUUGGUGAUCGUGCCUCUUCCAAGCUCACACUCGACGAUGAACUCUUCGACAUUCUCUAUGCUUUUGGUGAAUCGGAGAACAUCUUGGGAAAGAAUAAAGAUGAUGAGGACGAAGAGAACAAACCGGUCACUCGACAAGAUCUACUUAACAAGAUUCGCCAAAAGAAGGAGGUGAUCGGAAAAUUGCGAAUGCAACCAUGGAGUAUGGGAAGAAAAAGGAGAACACUCAAACUUGCUCAAAAAUAUCUCGAACAACACGAAUCAAAGAUCUCAAAGACGCAUCUUUACAAAGAAGAACUGAAGAAAGCAUUGCGACUCUUGAAGCGAUCAUUCGACAAUUUCAAAACCUAUCUCAUCCCAUGGGAGGGAAAAAUUAAAAGGAUAGAAAGCCAUUUUGGAUCAGUGGUUUCGUCUUAUUUCACUUUUCUUCGAUGGCUCAUCUUUGUCAAUUUGAUCGUCACACUUAUCGUCGUCUGCUUUGUUGUAGUUCCUGAGGCACUCGCUGAUGCGGCCGCUGAUCCAUGGAGAAAGAAUCGAACAAUGUCUCGAAAAGAGAUCUCUCCACACGAGAGACAACACGCUGAUAAGCUAGCCGUUGUAUGGCAUUUUGAUGGUUAUCUCCGCUAUUCGCCAAUUUUCUAUGGGUAUUACUCAAAUGACGAGUUCGUGGGUCGAAACGUGAAAUACGCUUUGCCACUCGCUUACUUUAUAGUGACCUUAUUCAUUUUCGGAUAUAGUUUCUUUGCAAUUCUACGAAAAAUGGCUCAAAAUGCUCGGAUGUCAAAGUUAUCGGGAAGUAAAGCGGAUCAGUAUAUUUUCAAUUGGAGAGUGUUUACCGGAUGGGAUUACACAAUCGGGAAUCAGGAUACGGCGAGUAACACGGUGAUGGCUGUUGUUAUCAAGCUGAGGGAAUCGAUUGCCGAAUGUCGUGUCGGUGCUCGAAAUCGAAUGCGUUGUGUGCAAUUGUUGCUAAGAAUCCUCGCAAAUCUCAUUAUCUUCUCCAUGCUGGCUUUCUCAAUCUAUUGCAUUGUAAUCGCUGUCAAUCGAUCAAAAACAAUUUUAGAAGAAGAAGGAGAUUUGUUCACGAAAAAUCAGGUUCCAUCAGUUGUGGCAACGAUCACUCACGUGUUUCCAAUGAUUUUCGAUUUAGUUGGAAAAAUGGAAAGAUAUCAUCCAAGGACAGCGCUGAGAGCACAUUUGGGAAGAGUUUUAAUCCUUUACUUUGUCAACUACGUGACACUGAUCGUGGCAUUAUUUGAUAAAUUGGAUACGGAAUUGGAAAAGAAACGCGAAUACUCACAGAUCCAUCAUCGAGGGAAAAGACAAAUGGGGGGAAUGCCUUGGAGUCCCAGUGAGCCUAGACCACCACCAUUCGCUAGUCUUCAGUUCAACAAUCGAUCCGAGUUUGCCGCUUAUCUUGAACAAAUCACAACACAAAAAUAUCAUCAAACAAAUCGAGUACCAGUGAGAGGAGAUCGGAGAACAACUCGUCAUCUUCAAACCACUCCCUACACUGUGCAGCCUCAAUUUGGCCCUGUGAACAUUCAUCAUCCAAAUGCUGUUCGACACAAUGCGAGUAACUCGAAAACUUUUGUGGCGACACGUGUUGGCCCAGAUCCUCUACCAUUCUUCACACCUCCACCCCGAACUUUUCCUCCAUUCAAUCCAGGAAAAGUAAAACAGCAAUAUGGUGGACCAGAUUUUCCGACAACCAUCCCACCGACAAAGUACCCGAAACAACAAGGAAGACCGACUCCGUCAUGGAAAUCACCGGGUGGAGCCGGAGCUGGAUCUCCACUCGAUCGACGAACUCCCGGUACAACGAGUGGAACCACGAAAAAGCCGAAUGCCAGAAAAAGACCCAAUGAAGAUGUAGAGCCAAUGGAUGAUUCAAAUCGAAAGAACAAGAAGCUAAAAGCCGACGAAGAUGACGAGUAUUCAGCAGAGUUUCUAAUAGACAGACCGGCUAGAGCAACGACCACAACGGAGAAGCCUUUAGCGAUUACGCCUGAUCGAGUGGAUAUCGAAGAGCUCCCUGCACCAAGAAAUGAAGAUAUCAUCUCGAUUGAGCCAAGUCCUGAAAUUAAAGUGAGAAAAGGAGACGUAGCAGAGAGACGAUUGUUGAAAGAUGGAGAAAAUCUUGGGGAUAAACUUUGUUGGGAAACAAUGAUUGGACAGGAAAUUGUUAAACUUGUCACUAUGGAUUUGAUCGUGACGAUUCUAUCGAUUCUGCUAAUCGAUUUCGUCCGCGGUUUGUGGAUCAAAUAUUGCUCGAGUUGGUGGUGCUGGGAUAUUGAGACGACUUUUCCCGAGUACGGAGAGUUUAAAGUGGCAGAGAAUGUGCUGCAUAUCAUCAACAAUCAAGGAAUGAUCUGGCUAGGACUCUUCUUCGCUCCUCUCCUUCCUUUUCUCAACAACAUCAAACUGAUCAUCGUGCUGUAUCUACGUGGAUGGGCUUGUAUGACAUGCAAUGUACCCGCUAGAGAGAUCUUUCGAGCAUCCAGAUCAUCAAAUUUCUACUUGACAAUUUUACUGCUAUGGCUGUUGAUGUGCACUUUGCCGGUCGGUUAUGUAAUCGGCAGCCGAAAACCAUCGACAAAUUGUGGACCGUUUGCUGGUCGUGACGGUUUCUACACAGUUGUCACCGAUUUGAUCCAGAGUAAAGUCGACGCAACGAUACUCGGCUACGCGAAACACAUCGCUUCGCCCGGGGUCGUCAUUCCGAUUAUCAUCUUUCUUGUCUUAAUCAUCUACUUUUUAACUUCUCUGGUGACCGGACUCCGUGCUGCUAACACCGAUCUACAGCAACAACUUGUUCAUGAACGAACCGAGGAGAAGAAAAAGAUCUUCGAAUUAGCUGGUGGUGGAGCGAAAAAGAAACAACCUGAAGUAAAUAGAGAUAAGGAUAAGAAACGACCACAAAUGCCACAACAUCUCACCGAGAUCGAGCAGAAACGCCGACAGCCUUGGCGGCAACACAAUGGAAAAGAUUAUGAUGAUUCACUCGUUGUGUCAGACUCUGAAUCGGAUACAGAAGUUGAAGAUUUACCGGAGAGUCAAGAGCCUUCAACUAGACCUUUGCCUUCAGCUAUUCCAUCAAGUACAGCCGAGACUCUGCCAGCUAUGUCACAAUUUCAUCCAAGUCUUGGCUCACUGGCCGAGCACAGUAGUGAAACCACUCCACCAAAAGAUCGUCCAGAUGUCAUUCCACGUUCACAUAGCCAUAGCCAUAGUGUAGAAAGGAGCCGCCCAUGGCGUGAAUCCCCAUCGAACACGUCUUUCGAUGUCCACAGCAAUGUCGUUGAAGUGGCGACACCCGAAGAAAUUAGAAGCUUGAUAAAACCGUUGAUGGACGGUCGCUUCUCAACAACUUCAUCAAUUCUCAAAGGUUUCCCCAAAGACAUCGCCUCUCCACCCACUUUUGUCAUUGCUGGAGGAUCCAGACGCUCAAGUAAACGCUCUUCGUACAUAUCAAUUUACGAGUUCACCAAUGAGGAAACCGGGAUGCCAGUGAUGAUACAAGCGGGUAGUGGAAAGUUGGCGAGAAGGGAAGAGCCGCCAAGAGUGCCGACUCAUCGACCAUUGCAACCGACUCUUGAAGAAGAAACGAAACGAGACUCCGCCGAGGUGACACCCCAAUCACCACCCGAGAAACAACUCAGCCAACCCAUCCCCACAAAAGAAACCCCGUCCGAAACGGAGAUCUCAACGAAUGGCACCUCACCGUCCAACAAAUUCGAUCCAAAGAACACCGCACCCGAAUUUCAACCAUGGCCGUCAAUUGAUGAGGUGAAAGAAAGACGCCGGCAACUCCAAAUGCGAUCUCCAUUACCCAUCAAUCGACCCCAAUAUCCGCGUCCUGCUUCGAGAAGUCCCGAGAAGGUUCACAGUCCGAGAACAAUGAGUAAAUCAAUGGCUGACCCAGAACAAAGCGCCGAUUCACAAGAUGAGAUGAGAAGAUCGGCUUCUCCGACGCGACGCUUCCGAAUUUCCGUCAGUCCGACUCGACGAGUGGAAAGUGAUAGUGAGAGCGUCGGUCAUUCUCGACGUCGUUACGUGAUCAAACAAGAGCGAAUGCUCGAUUCAGCCAGCACCUCCACUGCCACAAUUCCGACCAAACAGGGUAGCGGUAAAAGUGCUGACUUGGAGAGUGGAGUGGGCGAUCAAUCAAAACAACAGCAACAAUUCCCACCGAUUCGAGCUCCUCUCGCUAACAUAGAAGACGAUUCACCUAGAAGUCCACAUAGU